AUGGGUCGCAGAAAGAUCGAGAUCAAGGCCAUCAAGGACGACCGGAACCGCUCCGUAACUUUCCUCAAGCGCAAAGGCGGUCUCUUCAAGAAGGCGCAUGAGCUCUCUGUGCUCUGCUCAGUAGACGUUGCAGUCAUCAUCUUUGGCCACAACAAGAAGCUCUAUGAAUUCUCUUCCGGCGACAUCAACGAGACCAUUGGCCGGUACCAAUACAUCACGCAGUAUGGCGGCGCACACGAGCACAAGGGUCCAGAGGACUUUAUGGGCAAGAAAGAUGGCGAAGACGACGACGAUGAGGAUGAAGAGGGCGCCCUCCCCCGAGACUCUCACACGCCGCCCGAGCACCCCAUGAUGCCCCAUCACAUGCAGCAUCCGCAGUUCCAGCACAUGAGACAAGGAGCGCCAUCAAUGUCUCCGCCUAUCGGCAACGGCGUUCCCUUCCAACAGCGAGGUCCCUCUCCGCAGCCUCCCCACCACCUGUCGCGACCCAACUCGAGAGUAGGCCACAUCCGCAGACCGAGUUCGAACCUCGCGCCGCCCCAGCCAUACCCUUCGCAAGCUCCUCCGCCGCCCAACAGCUAUGCCUACAUGCCGAACCCGCCCUUUUACAACCCCCAAGCUGCCCAGCAGAUGGCCCCUAAGCCUCAGCCUACACCGCCCGCCACCCAGUACCAGUUCACACAUCCCAUGCCUACGCAUCCCCAAGUCCAGUAUAUGCAACAAGAGCAGCAACGCCGACAGUCAAUGCCGCCUACUUUCCAGCAGCAACAACAACAGCAACACCAUCUUCAGCAGCAGCAGCAACAGCAGCAACAGCAACAGCAACAGCAACACCAGCAUCAACAAGAACAGCAGGCACAGGCACAGGCACAAGCGCAACAACAGGCACAGCAACAGGUACAACAACAACAACAGCAGCAGCAGCAGCAGCAGCAGCAGCAGCAGCAGCAGCAGCAGCAAUUGUCCCCACCGCCUCCACUCCCGCAAGUGUCUCAACCGCAACAAGACCUCCCACAACAGCCCACGAUUACCGUUCCAUCUCCACCGCAACAGAACGAUUUCCAGAGCCCCCCUCUUCCCCAGCCGAAGCCACUACACGCAUCUGCUAGGCAUAGCAUCUUCACGCCAAUCGACGACAGCCAGUCCAUGCUCGCAGCGCAUUGGGGUAGCAGUAGCAAUUCAAACCUGUCUCGCAGUGAAGCCCCAUACAUCAAGCAGGAGAACCGCGCGCAGUCUAUUGAUGUGGCCGCCAUGUCACGAUUGCAGCCAAAUGGGGAGCCAAAACCUCAAGCACAGCCUCCACAGCUACCUGUUCAGCAACCACCGCAGCGAACGCAGUCUACGUCCUCAAUGCCCACCAUCCCCCCUCCGUCACGAACAAACAGUCUGCGCAUGGGAGGUGAAAGCAAGCCGAGAUUGAGGGUGCAGAUCCCGAGUGAACACUCAGAUGCUGGAAGCGCCACGGCCGACUCGUCUCCAAAGGACUCUGGCACAACUGGCGCGACUCCCGGACGAAGCACCGAUGCAUCGCACUCGUCUGGCGUAGUCCUGCCUCCUCCGUCACCCAGUGCGAACUCGCUGCUUAGUGCAGGUGCAACUGGCCCGCCCAACCCCUUCGCUCGUCCUCCGCCCCCAUCGAAUAGCAAUUCGUACGGUAGCCGCAAUGACAUGGAAACCCCAAUCUCUGCACUUCCCAGUCGCUUUGUUGAGAAUGGCCUCCUUCCCUCGCCCUCCAGCUUUUACCCCGAGUGGGGUUUUGGUCGCGACUCCAACAUGCUGCCGAGCCCUUUGACUUUCCAGACUCCCGUAGCCCCGAAUGGACCCAGUUUCGCCCGCGAUGAUUCAGCAGAGCGUAAGCGCAAGACGUCCGACCAGGGUUCGGAUGACGGCAACCAAAAGCGGGUCAAGACCUGA